CGGGGGGGUUAGUACACUCAGAGCAUUGUGGGUGAAUAGUUCCAGCCAGAGCGGUAACGCUUUGUGAGUUCCAAAAGUGGACUGCUCUUCCCGUGGUGCUCUGCGCUCAGCCCCGACCCUAAUCUGUGCGCGCAGCCCCCUGGGAAUAAUAGUUUUCGCCGAGUGGACGCAGAUCUGAACCCAGUGUUUGGGAACUCGCCUUCCCAGCAACCUGCUUGGUAGGGCGGGGCGCCUCAUGAAGAUGGUGGCGCGCACGGCGUGUAGCUCCCUGCGUCUUGCCAAGUCUCAACGCAGAGCACUGACCAGCGCUUCGCUGGCCUGGAGCCCUUGUCCUCCGGGUCCCUGACCCUGCGCCCCUGUGACCCCACGCUAGGGUCCCAGCAUGCCCCGCACUCGUAAGGGCAACGCGCCGCCCAAAAGCGGCCAGCGGCGUGGAGGAGGUGCCCGGUGUAGUACCCAAGCUCACUCAGGUUCCAGUGAGGAUGAGGCAGCCAGUGAGGCCCGCAGUACCACUAGCGAAUGUCCCAGCCUUCUCAGCACCACAGCAGAGGACAGCCUGGGGGGGGAUGCUGUGGAUGAACAGGGCCAGCAGGAAGAUCUUGAAGAAAAGCUGAAAGAAUAUGUGGACUGCCUUACAAAUAAGAGUGCCAAGACCCGGCAAGGAGCUCUGGAGAGCCUGCGCUUGGCCCUGGCUUCCCGCCUGCUCCCUGACUUCCUGCUAGAACGCCGCCUCACACUGGCUGAUGCCUUGGAAAAGUGCCUCAAGAAAGGGAAAGGUGAAGAACAAGCCCUGGCUGCUGCUGUGCUAGGCCUGCUCUGUGUGCAGCUGGGCCCUGGACCCAAGGGCGAGGAGCUGUUCCGCACUCUGCAGCCCCUGCUAGUCUCUGUGCUCAGUGACAGCACAGCAAGCCCCACUGCCCGGCUUCACUGUGCUUCUACUCUUGGCUUGGGGUGCUACGUGGCUGCUGCCGACAUCCAGGACCUGGUCUCUUGCCUUGCCUGCUUAGAAGGUGUUUUCAGCCAGUCCUGCAGCACAGAUGGCUCCACAGCUCCUGUGGUCUCUGCCAGCUUGCAUGGCCUGCUCUGUGCUGCCCUGCAGGCCUGGGGGUUGUUGCUUACUCUCUGCCCCAGCACCCACAUCAGCCACAUCCUUGACAGGCAACUGCCCCAGCUGCCUCAGCUCUUAUCCAGUGAAAAUGUGAACCUGCGGAUUGCUGCUGGUGAAACCAUCGCACUGCUCUUUGAGCUCGCCCGGGACCUUGAGGAGGAGUUUGUUUAUGAGGACAUGGAGGCCCUCUGUGGUACACUGCGGACUCUAGCCACAGAUAGCAACAAGUACCGUGCCAAAGCUGACCGCCGGCGCCAGCGUUCUACUUUCCGUGCCGUGCUGCAUUUUGUUGAGGGUGGUGAAUGUGAGGAAGAGAUGAUCCGGUUUGGACUGGAAAUGCUUUACGUGGACAGCUGGGCUCGGCACCGGAUCUAUGCUGCCUUCAAGGAUGUGCUGGGUUCGGGCAUGCACCACCACCUGCAGAAUAAUGAGCUUCUCCGUGACAUCUUUGGCUUGGGCCCUGUGCUGGUACUGGAUGCCACUACUCUGAAGGCCUAUAAAGUUUCACGUUUUGAAAAGCACCUGUACAAUGCUGCUGCCUUCAAAGCCCGGACCAAGGCUCGAAGCCGUGUGCGGGACAAACGGGCAGAUAUCCUGUGAAAUGAACUAGCUGAAGACAGAUUAUCCACACCCUUGCCUGUAUUUUGAACAGAAGACAAUGCAAGAACUGGUGUUUGCCAGUGAUUGUCACUUUAUUAUUUUUUUUAAAGACAAAACCAAAAACAGGGUGGGUGAGUGGGGGUAAGGGACUGUGCCCUUUGUCCCUGCACUCAGCCCUGUGGCUUGUUCCUGCCCUAUCUCAGGCAGGACCAAAUGAGUGCCUGUCCCAGGGCUGUGGGGCAGGCAGUAGGGGACUGUUCCUUUCCUUUCUUAUGCCUUGCUCCUCUGGAGUGCCCCACUUCUUUGGAGUAUUGGCAUCUGGGCAGAUGCCGUCAUGUCAAGUGGGGAGGCAAAGCUACUUGGAAUGGAUUUUUUGUGCUGAUUUUUAAAGAUUAUAAGAGAUAAUUAAAUAGAAUAUAAUGUUCUGCCUCUGUG